AUGCUGUCAAGGCUCUCUGCUGGAGCCUUCAAGAAAGCCGCCAGCGCGGGGCCUUCUCGCUCCUCUAAUCUGCUUUAUGGCGCUCGUUCGGCCUCGGUCCGUUUCGCGUCGUCGAAAGCGUCUGGCUCCAGUGCCUUUGAGUCUAUCGUGAACUCCAAGAUCACUCUUGCCUCCGCGUCACUUCUUGGUGUCGGUUCUAUCGCCUGGUAUACCCACCUCUUUGGCAAUCUCCCCUUCCUCGGCGAAGUCCACGCCAGCCAUCUUAGCGAUGAGGGUCUCCACCCCGUAGCCUACCCAUGGUCUCACAAGGGUCUCCUAGAUACUUUUGAUCACGCCAGCAUUCGGCGAGGCUAUCAAGUCUAUCGCGAAGUCUGCGCUGCUUGCCACUCUCUGGACCGCAUUGCCUGGCGUAACCUCGUUGGUGUAUCACACACCGCUGACGAGGCGCGUGCCAUGGCUGAGGAAAUUGAGUACACUGAUGGCCCUGACAGUGAAGGCGAGAUGUUCCAAAGGCCAGGAAAGUUGGCUGACUACAUGCCUCCACCCUAUGCCAAUGAGGAGGCAGCCCGUGCUGGAAAUGCCGGUGCUCUUCCUCCCGACCUGAGUUUGAUUGUCAAAGCUCGUCAUGGUGGUGCUGACUACAUCUUCUCCCUUCUGACUGGUUAUGUCGAUCCCCCUGCCGGCGUCGAAAUUCGUGAGGGUAUGAAUUACAACCCUUACUUCCCUGGUGGUGCUAUUUCUAUGGCUCGUGUUCUGUUCGAUGGUCUGGUGGAAUACGAUGAUGGCACACCCGCUACCACCACCCAAAUGGCUAAGGAUGUUGUGACUUUCCUUAACUGGGCUGCUGAGCCUGAACAUGAUGAGAGGAAGAAAUACGGUAUUAAAGCCGUGAUUAUCUUCUCUGUCCUCACCGUGAUCAGCAUCUACGUUAAGCGCUUCAAGUGGGGUCCUAUCAAGAACAGGAAAAUCAUUUACAAUCCUCCUAACAAAACCCACUAG